CAGAAGGGUUGAUAGAAUUUCAUCAAAAGACUUUAUAAUAUUAAAUAUAAAGUUGCAUCUUUCUCUCUCCUGACGACGAUAUGUGCGAUUAGGGUUUUCCCACCGGAUCCCGCCGUCAGCUGGCCUCACGCCGCCUGCCAAGAAAUUUUUUUUUCCCAUCGUCUCUCUGUUUUUCCCCCACCAUUGUGUGCAAAAAACGUUGAUGCAAUCCAUAUCCAGUGUAUAGGACAAUAAAAACAAAAACAAAGCUCUAACGAAACACUCAUUCAAGCUAAUACGCAUGUUAUAUACGCUGGAGGAGACAACCAAAUUACAGGAGCAAAAAAAUAAAGAACGCCGUUGCCGGGGAUCGAACCCGGGUCACCCGCGUGACAGGCGGGAAUACUUACCACUAUACUACAACGACUUUGUUGUUCAACUCUCUGAAUAUGAAAGACUUAAUCUAAAUACCAAGUUUGAUCUUGGUGCAAAAGAUAUCUCAUAUUGGAGAAAAGUCGAGACUUGAGAGAUAAGAAACUUCGAUUUUUACAACUAAUCAAGCUUUUCUGAAUUUUUACAGCUAGUUCUGUUGGGCCUUUGUGUUGGGUAUUAUAAAAGUGUUACAAAAGAAAACCAAUAAUCAUCUCUAUGGUCCUGAUUGGUUGGGUUUGCCUUGUGAUCUCACUCACACACCUGAAGCUUGAAUCAGAAACUGCGUCUGUCUGUUUGGCGGGGCGGAGAUGGAAGGAGGCAGACCGGGAGUUUUCGUCGUCGGUUCCCCUGGUGUCGGCAAGCGCACUCUUCUCUCUCGAUUGGUCUCUGUCGAUUUUGAGGAUUCAUCAUCAUCAUCUCAAACACAAGUUCAUGACUGGACGAUUAACACCAAGUAUUACUCUGCGGAUGUAUCUGUACGGAUAUCAAAUAUUUGCGACGACAAUGACUACUCUCUCCCUCACUCACAUCAUCCACUUGUGGCGUUAGUUAUGGUCUUCGACUUGAGUCAGAUGUCAACUCUUGUUGCUCUUCAGGAAUGGGUUUCUCAUGCGGACAUCACCAUCAACAGUUUUGAUAUAUUGUUGUGCAUUGGGAACAAAUCUGAUCUUCUCCCUCAUACUCAUGAUAGUGCAUCACUGGAUGUCAAGGGUACAUGUCUUGACUGGUGCCGCGACAACAACAUUGAGUUCAUUGAGGCUUGUGCAUCUAAUCCUGAUUUUGACAAGUGUUUGUCAGUGGAUGGGGAUACUCAAGGGGUUGAACGUCUGUUUCGUGCACUUUCGGCACAUAUGUGGCCUGGAAUGAUUCUGAAAUCUGCUGAUAAGAUAAAUGAACCUCAUGGCCAAGAGUUUUCAGAAGAAGAAGAAUCUGAAUAUGAAUUAGAGUACGAAGUGCUAUCAUCAGGCUCAGCCACCGAUCUAUGUGAAGCGCGUCCAUACGACGCAGAUGCUGGCGGAUCCAGCACCUCACCAGAUGUAGAGAUUAAUAAUAUGGUGAAUCCAAAGAUAGUUGAGCUGCGGUCUUCAGGGUCACAGAGUGAGACUGACGGAGCAACUGGUGAGAAACCUUUGGGUUAUGACUUGGAAGAAGUGGAACAGUUGAUGUCAGAAAUAGGGAACAUCCGUGACAACUUGCGGUUGAUGCCUGAUUUUCAGAGGAGGGAAAUAGCUGCAAGUCUAGCGAUGAAAAUGGCUUCCAUGUUUGGAGGAGGAGGAGGAGGUGACGACAGUGAUAGCGAGGAAGACUCUGAGUGGAGCCCGUUUGUAUCUUCAAGUAUUUCAGCAUGAACCACAUGAGUGCAAAGAGCGCAUUGUUUAGCCGACCGAACUUUGUGUCUCUGAUUCGUUUAGACUUGAAAGAUGAAAUAAGAAACCUCGGUUAAAUCAAAGUUAAAUUUGUUACCUUACA